AUCGACUGUCAUAACCUCAAACUGACCCUGGUUCAUGUGGUGAAAAAAGUUUUGCAAAUUGAAGUUAUUUUAUUAUUUAUAUAUUUAUCACAUGAAGUUUUUCAGAAGGAAGAUACAUUUGUGAUUACGUUAGUGUUAUUCCUCUAUUAUAUAAAAUGGAGAACAACGAAAAGAAACUAUUAUGUCUGUUCAAAUCAGAAACAGGAGAAACUUUGGAUAAGCCUAUGGAUUUGCCAGUGGACUGUACCUUGCAAAAUUUGACAUCUCUCUGUAAUUAUUUAUUGAAACAAGAUGAACCACUCUCAUUCCGUUUCUAUGUGAAUGAUAAAGAAAUAACUAAUUCCCUUAAACAAACGAUCGAUGUCAACAAUAUAAGUACUGAAGAAGUUGUGGAUAUUGUUUAUGAAAAGCAAGCCGUAUUUCGGGUAAGACCAGUCACACGAUGUACAAGUUCUAUGCCUGGUCAUGCUGAACCUGUGUUGUCAGUUAGUUUCAGCCCAGAUGGACAUAAUUUAGCAAGUGGUUCAGGUGAUACCACAGUGAGAUUUUGGGAUGUUUUUACACAAACUCCGUUACACACUUGUAAGGGUCACAAAAAUUGGGUUUUGUCUGUAUCAUGGUCACCAGAUAGCAAAAAAUUAGCUUCAGCUUGUAAAGAUGGUAGAAUUAUUAUCUGGGAUCCGGCAACUGGUACACAAUUGGGUAAAACAAUGAUUGGUCAUAAACAAUGGAUUAAUUCCUUGAGCUGGGAGCCUUAUCAUCAAAAUCCAGAAUGUAGGUUGUUAGCAAGUUGUUCUAAAGAUGGUGAUGUUAGAGUUUGGGAUACUGUUUUAUGUAUGACAUUGUUAACCAUAAGUGGACAUUUGAAAAGUGUGACUGUUGUAAAAUGGGGAGGUUUAGGCCUUAUUUAUUCAGCUUCUCAAGAUAGAAAGAUUAAAGUAUGGAGAGCAAAAGAUGGUAUUCUCUGUAGGACUUUAGAAGGCCACGCACAUUGGGUGAACACAUUGGCUUUAAACACAGAUUAUAUUUUAAAAAUGGGAGCUUUUGAUCCUGUAAAAGAUGUAAACAAAGGCUCUUCAGAUGAGAAUAAAAGGAAAUCCCAAAAUUUUGCCCUGAACAGGUACAAAGAAAUUACAGAAGCUUGUGGUGAGAGAUUAGUUUCUGGUUCAGAUGAUUUCACAAUGUUCCUUUGGGAUCCUACAAAAGACAAAAAGCCUAUUGCUAGACUAACAGGACAUCAACAAUUGGUAAAUGAUGUUAAAUUUUCACCAGAUGGAAGGAUACUUGCCUCCGCUUCCUUUGACAAAUCAAUAAGACUUUGGCAAGCUAAAACUGGAAAAUAUAUAGCAACUUUACGUGGACAUGUACAGGCUGUAUAUAUGGUAGCCUUUUCUGCAGAUUCAAGAUUUAUGGUUAGUGGAAGCGCUGAUUCUACAUUGAAGUUAUGGAAUUUAAAGACUAAUAAGCUUGAAAUUGAUUUACCUGGCCAUGGGGAUCAGGUAUAUGCUGUUGACUGGUCGACGGAUGGAUCCAAGGUGGUUUCGGGAGGAAAAGACAAAGUUUUGAAAUUAUGGCAAUAUUAAAAACUUUGACAGUAAAAAAUUAUCUUUUUAUAUACCUAUCCAUCCUGUGUGAAUUA